UUCUGCUCUACACUCACAUAGGUCACAACGCUUCAUCGGAUCUGCCUACAUUUUUCUUGCGUAUCCAUAAUGAAUCGGACUGGUGAUUCAAGUGUGGCUUCAAACUUACAGCCUGUAAGAACAAGAACAUUAAGUGAAGCUUUGUCAUUCGUUCUGGAAGUGCAAGAGACGUUUCGUGAUCAAAGUAACAAAUAUAAAACCUUCCUCAAGAUAGUGAAGGACUGGCAAGAAGAAAAGAGAGAGAACAGGGUUGAUUUUCCUGCUAUGGUUGCUCGAGUGAAGGAGGUGUUCAAUGGACACAAAAACUUAAUCAUCGGACUUAACGGAUUUUUGCUACCUGCGGAUAAAAUACCUCUUGAUGAUGAGGAUGACAAUGAAGAAGAAGGCUCAGUUAUGUCCACCGCAAGACACUAUUGAAAUUUCUGGUCAUGAAGGGCACAUGCAUACAUGCUUUUGCACAAAUGGCGACAUUCAAAAUCUUCAAAUUAGUCUCUCUCUAUUCAGUUCUUGAUGGUUUUAUCGAGUAUGUUGCUUUGUAAUCCAUGAGGAAACUUUUGACUGUACUAAAGUUUGA